UGACUUUUUUUUUUUAUAUAAAUGACUACAACUAGACGAAUUCAUCCUGAAGCUAUUACUUGGGUUCAACAACAAGAACAAAAGUUUAAUGAUCUUGUUAAAGAUCGAACUUCUCAAUUGGAUUCACUUUUCAAGGAACAUCUCAUUUGGUUUCGUCAACAUAAAACUGCCAGAUCAAUUGUUUCUACUCGACGAACUAUUUUAGACAAUAAUAUAUCACAAGUUGGUAAGAAACGAACACAUGAUCACGUGGAACAGUCAAGCAUUGCUCAAGAUAAGAAUACAACUACGCAACCAUAUUCCUCUGUGGCUGAAAACGAACAAACAGCUACCGUAUGUUCUGGCAUGAACAUUCCUGAGCAUCCUCGAAUUGAAUCUACCAAUAAAGAUCACUUGGUUGAAAAUGGACCACCUGACCAAUCAACAACAGCAACGACGAGAGAAGCAUUACUUCGUCGUUUUUUGGAAGAAGAAAAGAAGCACGGACGAUAUGGAUUACGAAAUCGAAGUCUUGGUACUCCCCACACCUUAUCAUCCAAAACGACUUUUACAGACGGCACUGACCAACAACAGCAACAAGAAGAGAAACAGCAAAGGAGAAAGACCAUCAAUCCUAUUCUUCGUGCUAUUGCUAACAAUGACAACGUCUCAGCCAAUGAUCACAUCAUUCUUGAACCAUUACAAGAUUCACCAUUAUCAUCAUCAAAUCGUACGAAAAGAUCACGCUAUCAUGGAUACAGCGAAGAGGAAGAACAAAUGGAUGACCAAGUACAACUGUUGAACAUGGAUACUGGCGAUGCAAACAUGGACAGAACGCAUGAAGACACAGGAGCCAACGAUAACAUUUCCUUCUUCUCUCGCAUCUUCAGUAUUGGUCGUUCUGCAACGUUGGAAUCUUCUUUUGUAUUAGACGAUGUCAGUAGUAUUAAAGCUGAUUCUCCCAAGCAAACUCUCGACUCUACUACAACUCGAACUACAAGGCUUAUACACAUGUCACCACCUUCUUCCUCCUCUACUACUCAUCACGAAGAACCGUCUUAUUCGCCAUCAUCAACACGAAAACAUUCAACAUCAGUAUCAUCUCAACCAUCUCUAUCAUCAUCAAACACCGAUUUGGGUCGAAAGAGAAACUCAUCAAUUCCAACCAAGAUACCACAACCUACUCAUUCUAAGGGUCCAUUAUCCAACAAAAAACGUACAAGCAAGUCGAUAGAAUCAAUAGAGCAAACUACUACAAACAAGGAUACUCAUGACAAGGCAACGAAUGAAGAUGGGCACACAGAGGAUGCACAAAUGACUGAAAUACCAAGUUGGGCCAAUUCUCCGGAACUUGAGCAACUUCUUCACAAUCAAGCAAAUGCGGAUGCUGACAAAAUAUUUGGAAAAAUGCGACCUUUACAAGUCUCCCAUAUUGUCAACAUUGGUCAUUAAUCUUAUUAUCUAGUUUAGUGUCAUUAUUAUGUCAUUAUUUUUGUUUUUUAUUCCAAUAAAGAGAUUCUCUUUGACAGGAUCGGGGACUCAUUUCACUCU